GGACAGCUAUUCGUUUAUGAGCAGUGUUAGUGAAUUGCUGAGGUAUAUCGUCCAACUCGGAUGAUAUCGGGAUUGUCUAGUUGUUAUCACUAAAAAAGUUGUUUAUCUCAUUUUGAAUAUUAUUAUAGGGAUUCAAUGCUUCUUCCAAUGGAAGCGCUUAAUCCACUGAUUCUUAUCAUAUGGACUUUACUGACAGCAAAUCCAGUAGCUCCGGAUUGUGGCUGUAACAAACUAAAACGAACCGCACCGGAGAAAAAUGGUCCCUCGGAUACCGUUAUAUUCCCAGAUGCUAAAAAAUCCCAGGACAACGGAGAAGAUGAGAGUCUACUCCACUUGGUAAGACAUUCCAAAGAGAUCGAAGGAAUGAGCUUGAUUCCCGCUGGGAAGUAUCUUAUCGGAACCAACGAGCCGUUCUUCAUCGGGGACCACGAGGGACCGGAAAGAGCAGUGGAACUGGAAGCAUUCUAUCUGGAUCGGUACGAAGUUUCCAACCGGUGGUUUGCGAAAUUUAUCGAAAUGACUGAAUACAUUACGGAGGCGGAGCGGUUCGGGGACAGUUUUGUGUUCCAGGAGUUCCUGGAUGCGAAAGUGCGAGAAAAGUAUAAGGACUAUAGAGUGGCUGCUGCGGUGUGGUGGUACAAGAUACCCGGAGCAAGCUGGCGUUAUCCGGAGGGUGAUAAGAGCAGGGGAAUCGAAAACAGAAUGAAUCAUCCGGUGGUUCAUGUUUCGUGGAACGACGCCAAGGCAUACUGCGAGUGGCUGGGGAAAAGGCUACCAACGGAGGCCGAGUGGGAAGCCGCAUGCCGCGGAGGGCGAAAGGGGAAACUGUUCCCCUGGGGCAAUAAGCUUAUGCCGAAGGAUCAGCACCACAUGAAUAUUUGGCAGGGAGAGUUCCCGGAAGGAAACCAGGUGGAAGACGGCUGUGAGGGCACUUGUCCGGUGGACAAGUUCAGACAGAAUCAGUAUGACUUGUACAACAUGGUGGGCAAUGUGUGGGAGUGGACCGCCGACAUGUGGGACCCGAAAGAGAACGUCAAUCCACCGAAUCGGGUCAAGAAAGGUGGAUCGUAUUUGUGCCACAAGUCGUACUGCUAUCGGUAUAGGUGCGCGGCGAGGUCGCAAAACACUGAGGACAGUUCGGCCGGAAACUUGGGAUUCCGAUGCGCUGCUAAUGUAGAUUAGGCGCUAGAUAUAAGUUGGUUCAAUCGAAUUAUUCUAAAUUAAAUGGUAUUGCCGAUCUAUGUGAUAAUUUAAAAUAAUGUUAAAUAUGCUUCGUCUUACAUGACCCAAUGAGUGCCACUCUGAAUAAAUAAUAUGUUAAGUGUCA